CUACAAUUUCAUCUCAUACUUUAUUUCAAAAUAUCUAUGUUCCUUUGACGAGGAAGUCUAUCUGACAUUUUUAUCAGAUGGGGUUCUUUCGUAAUUGACCAAUACCAGUAAAAACAUAUAAAAAGAAAUACAGGCACAAUACAUGCAUAGUUGUGAAGACUACACUUGUAAUGAUUUAAGAAUGUUUUUAAGAAAGUGUAUACAAAUUUAGAGCAAAUUACAAGCAGUGUAUAUUUUGACUAUAUACGUGGUGUAUUUAAAGCAUUCAACAAUGUUGCAGCUUGAGACGACGAUGUUACUUAUAUUUGGUUUCUUCACAUAUCAUUGUGCGGCGUCAUGCAACGGUCAGGUUCGUGUGCUAACAGAUGUCAGUAGAAGAGGGCCUUCGUAUGUAAUUAAAUCGUCUUCCGAGCCUUCUAUAUCCGACUCUACACUUGCGUCUGGGUGGUACGUGGCUAAGGACAGUGCUAGAUACUACACGCUUGUUAAUGGAACGUCACCUAAAUACGCACAUUGUGGAACUGCAAACCCGAUUUAUAUCAAAGACAAGCUUGGAAAACUUGACGAAGAUAAAGAAUAUUCACUCAUUGCAUGCUUAGUUGAUUUUGACAACAGUUGUAAACAGCGUUAUAACAUAAAAGUUCGCAAAUGCAGACAGGGAAUUCAGUAUUAUCUUACUCCAACUGAUGGGACAAGUGCAUACUGUUUUGAACCAUCUUCUUUGUCAGUGGAGGCAGCUGCACCAAAUUACACAAUUCCUGGUAACAUCCUGGUAAGCGUUGCACUAAUGUACAGACUGACAGACCAAAGAUUGGAACCGGAACUUGACUUCAAAUGUAAUUUCGCAUCAGAAAACACUUCAUAUUACUAUGAAGUCAGCUGGAUUAUUAAUGGGCGACUCGAGAAGACAUUUGCACCAGUGAAGAUAGAUGAUGUAGAUGGUACAAACCUUAAUGAGACGACUUUUCGCAGCUUGGGAUCCAAAUUUGGAAUAUCUAUUCAGUGCGCAGUAAGAGUAUCAAGUACUUUUACCGGGAAUCAAACAAGCCCUCAAAUGAGUGAUAUAUUCUACGCUGGUGUAAAGAUUCUUACACCUCAGAUAACAUUAUCAAGCGGAUCGUCAGAUAGUAUUCUACAACCAACCAUUCCUCUUGGGUGUAGACAAUGGAUAAAUUCCUCAGAUGAUAUCUUACCAUGUUUUGUUGAUAUUGAAAUGUUUGAUCCUAAUUCUAAAUAUACAUGUCACGACAUUGCUUUGACUUCCCUAGAUAAUCAGAAACUAUGUGGAAGUAGAAUUACUGGCUGGAAGAACGCAUCCUCACACGAUUGUAUGCAUCAACACAAUGUUAGCUACUGCAGCUACGACAAAAUUUUAAAUAGACUCACCACCUACUCGAUUAACAUUUCAGUGUCAAAUGAUCGACUUCAAUAUCCAACAGACAAAACAUUUACCUUACAGUUACAAAUUUCCAAAAAUACUAAACACCCAUUUUGGGAAAAUGUCAUUCUGGAUCAUGUAACGAUCAAGUAUUCGGGAGGAACUCAAAAUCUUGAAUGGAGAGGAAAAAUAUGUUCGGUUCAGAACGACCCUUGGUUAAAUACAUUUGAUUGUCCAUGGUCUUAUAUUGAACCAUUUAAGCAUUACCUUUUGUAUAAAGACAAGAUACAUUUUGCGGAAGUACAAAUAAAAACUCAAAAGUGUGAUGCUGAUCCUGGACAUAAUUCGUCAUGCACUUGUGCGGCUGCAAUACAAGCGGGUGGUGAUGUGUUUGUAAUAGAUAUAUGCCACGCAGUUAAACGAGCAUCAUUUGUCCAUUGUCGUGGAAAUGUACUGAAUGUUAGAGAAAUAAAUAGCAACACUUAUCAGAUUUACCUCCCAACUGGGACACAUAUAAAAAUUUCUAGGGAGCAUUGGCGUACAUCAGCUUAUCUUAACGUCGAGGUCAACCCAUCUCCCUCUGAUGUCAAUAACGUGGAAGGGUUGUGUGGAAACCUAAACGGAAUUUGUGACGAAAAUAUAAACACGGAAUAUCUUAAUAAAUGGGAGUUACAACAAAGUUUGUUUAACACAUUACUUUACUAUCUUCCACCAUCUUGGACGUACGAUCAUAACGUUUGCAUAUGUCCUAGGGUUGUUGAACAUUUAGAUCAAUUAAUCCAAGGUAAUAAAGAUUCAAGGGCAACAUGUUUCUCCCAGCAGUAUGCGACGUGUACAGAGCAUAUUGAACUUCAAGGAGAACAGAAAACUUGCACGAUAAGAAACAAAAGAUCUGUAGUGAGGCAUAGAAGAAAUAAUGAAAGGUUGCUUGCUCUUUCAUUAUCAAAUGAUAAAUUGCAUAGCCGAAUUCGUAAGAGAACUGUCAAUACUCACAUGUCUGAGGAGCAAGCUUACAAAGAGUGCCUCGAUGUAUUCAGAUCAAAGCCUACAUACAACAUGAUAAAUGAUUUACCUGACAUAGCUUUGAAUCAAUCUUUAUCUGCAUGCGUCAAUGAUAUGAUGGUCGACGGUCGAGAUUUCUGGAAAGAGAAAAGUUAUAACAGUUGGGUGAGUGUUGUUGCUCAAGAGAUCGCUCGGAACGGAACGUUCAGAGAAGAAAAAUCAGAUGUCGUUCGUGCAUUUAAUAAUGUCACAUGUCCGUCACAAUGUAACGGUAAUGGCAACUGUACCAAUGGAACGUGUGUAUGCAAAGGCGAUUACGUUGGGGCUUCUUGUUUUGUAAAGAAAUCAACACCUUUAGAAUUUACUGAUAUAGAAGGUGGGGGUGAAUGCGAUCUUGCAGACGGAGAUGAUUGUCAUGAAUGCCUCCAAUUUCACACACAGAACCUCCUGAAAGGAUUCAAAUGCAAGAUUGACAUCGACGAACUUGAUGUAAACGGAACAGUGGUCCAUUCUGAUAAGCUCGAGCGUAACGGAGAAUAUGAGAGUGUAUUCGACGGAUAUUGCUGUCCCUCAGCUGCAGAGAAAAGACGAAAGAAAAGGGAUGUAACAUCUGAUUGGUUCACUGUUAGAUACUCUGUUUCUAUAAGCAACGAUGGAAUACACUUCGGUCGGAGUAGAAAUGUCCACGUCUUUGAUUCGACGUGUCAGUCAUUCGUCAUGAUGCAAACGGGCGAUCUUCUUUUCAGUUUGAAGGCAGACACAUGCUAUAUUGGUAACCAGUGCUACAGGGAUGGUGACCGAAGUCCUAUAAGUUCAAACCUCAUUUGCUGCCCAUCAUUUGCUCGUUUUCAGUGGACGACACAGCAAGAAUAUAAUCCUGAAAAUGGCAAGGAGAGCAGCAAGGUUGAUGUUGUUACAGUAUCUGUAUCAGUGACAGGAAUAUUGAUAGUUGCCUGUAUUGUUGUGUUUGCCAUUUGGACCAACAAAAAUAGAAAGAGGGCUAAGUUUACAGUACGUAAAGAACGUCCAAAGUGUCCUGAUUACCCUCAUUUGGACUUUAGUAACAGACUUUACAAUUAGAAGUCUCAAAGAAGAGCACAAUCAGAAUUCCAAUCUGGACAACCAGAUCACAUCUGAUAACAAGCACUUAAGAAAGUAAAACAGCAAAAUAACACUAAUACAAGGAAUUAAAUAGAAAAAAACUUCAUUUAUCAUGAUGUGCGCUUCUUUUAAAAUGAAUUUGUUUUAAGGUGUGAACUAUUUCAAUGAACAAUACAUGAAUUAUUACUACAUUUAAAAUGUAACCAAUGAACUUCCAGCAUUUGCACUAUGUGAUCUCCAAAUAUAAUUCAUUAUUGAAUACAUUCUUACC